AUGACUCCGUCUCUGGACCACGAAGCUGGGGCAUCUGCUCCUCGACGCAAAAUCAGCAAACAAAGUUCGCAGCCGCUCCGCAGAGCCUCUGUGGCGUGUGUGACGUGCCGCGACAGAAGGGUGAAGUGUGACGGCGACUCGGGCCCCCGUGGGAGUGCAAAGCCAUGUUCGCAAUGCAAGCAGGCAAACAGAUCAUGCACUUUUCGAUUCGACGACCGCCGUAAAAUAUCGUCGUCCAAGGCAUAUGUUCAGCAGCUCCAAGAACGCAUCGCGGCAUUAGAACGAAGACAGCCCUCAUCCAUCGAAAGAACUUCAAGCGAGGCCAGUCCGAGUGCUUCCAUUCGUACCGCUGAGGAAGAUUCUGCGUGGACUUCCAUUCCGGACACCUUUGUGGAUAGCGACGCGCUGGGGGCGACCGACCAGCAAUAUGAUCAAAACAACCUGUUUCAAAUCAUUUUGGAUCAGCAGUCUAUCGCCAGAGACUUUGGCCUGAAGUCGCCCACGCCUAUCUCGUCGGCGAUUUGUGGAACGAUUCUGCCAAUGGCGUCAAAAAUGGGACUGAUGAAAGGGACCUUGAGUUCUGAUGAGAACGGCCAGUCGCACUACUUUGGCUAUACGUCGAAUUUGCAAGUCGUGUCGUUCUUGCCGCACUCACCAACUUCAAGUACGACACUACCGACCUACUCCAAAGAUGAUGAUCUCGAGCAUCUAGCCGAUUCGGAGGCCAUCAGGACACAUUUGCUAGAGCUUUACUUCACCUAUCACCACCCGGCUGUUCCGAUCUUAGACGAGGAAACAUUUAGAGGGUGCCAUGCAAUAGGCGUCAAGUCGCAGUUCUAUUCGCUCUUCCUGCUCUACGCAAUUCUGCUGAGAUCAAUACGACUCAGCACCAAGAGUGGCAUACGAAGUCUUGCUGCGGUAUAUCUCCACCGAGCAAAAGCGGAGUUGCUGUCUGAGCUGGAGCAGCCUACUAUCUCCACCAUUCAAGCACUUUGCAUAUUUGGCCACUAUCUUGGCAGCACUGGCAAUGAUAGAGCUUGCUGGCUUUAUCCAGGAAUUGCCUUCCGGCUUGUGCAUGAUUUCGGUCUUCAUCAGGAUCCCACUGACCUCAUACGGGAAGGCCAGCUUACGGAGAAAGAAAACAAAGUCCGACACGUAACCUUGUGGGGAUGUUACACCAUAGACAAAUUAUACAGCUCUUUCCAUGGCAGGCCAACCGCGUUGAGAUUUCCUGACAUCGCUGUCCCUCUCCCCACCUUGGCUACUGUUGGCCCUCAGCAUCAUCUGCUCUCUGCAUGGGUCCAGCUAUCCAUAAUUCUCGAUGACAUCAUUAGCGUCAUCAACGGUCCCAUAGAGCUUUUGGAUCACCCCAGUACAUUAUCCACUCUGUCCGAGGCGAGCCUGAGGCUUCUACAGUUCCUCAAAUCACUGCCCAGUGAGCUAGAAUGGAGCCCCAGCACCGAGUUCCCUAGCUCGGGAGUUUGCGCACUACACAUACAAUUCCUUGCCACGACAAUACUCCUACACCGACCUUUUGCUGCCUGUAUGCUUGGGUCCGAAGUGUCCAAGAGUGGCCCCAAGCGGCAGUUGGAUGGUUAUACUCCUCAAGUCUCUCAACACAUAUGCACUGUAAAUGCUAUGCGCAUAGCCAGAAUGUUGCAAGCCUUCCGCCGACACUACGGCAUUGAGAAGAUGUUCUCGACUGUAGUCUAUGUAACUAUGACGUCGGCGCUGAGCCUGAUUACCGAAAUCUCAAUGGGAGAUAGCCACGAAGAUAAAAGCGCAGAAAUUGCUUGCGUAAAGAUAUGUUUCGAAGUCCUUGACGACUUGGCGCCAUCGACUCCGGUAGCGGGGCGUAAUCAUACGAUCCUCAGAUCGAUCAUGCAGUACUGCGGGUGUUCAGACCUAGUACCACCUCCUGCGAAUGUCGUAGAGGAGGUCUCAAGCAAGCAACUACAUCAAAGAUCCCGACUGCCACGAGAGAGUUCGAUAACAUCUAACCAAGUAUGUCCUCCAGACAUCGAGCACGAGCAGACGAAUACCUGGACAGCUUGGUCUGAUAUUCAACCGGAAUUCGACACAGGCUUAGGGUAUGCAGAUUUCAACCUGCCAGACUUUCUUUUCCAGCCAAUGGGGCCCAUGGAUCUUGGCCGUUAUGGAUCUGAUGCGCUUUUUGGGUUAGAGCAAAGCGCUAUAUACCCUGAUAGUUUUCAUACCGUCCAAAGCCAUUAGUCUUCGUACAGCCAUUUGUCUUCAUACACUUCUCUGUCACUAUUUAACGUGAUGUAUUACUCUUUUCAGCAUAGCCGGAAUAUAAUCUCUAUCAUGGGAACAAUUGGUUUUCUUCUCACAUGCUCGUAUUCUACAUAUCACCUAAAAAGGCCACCCCAGAAGGCAGUGUCUAUUCACUAAGAAAGCCACCGAAACAUUGUGAAAUUGUGCACAGAUACCAAUGACCUAGUACUGCAUAUCUCAGC